AUGGAAACAACUGAAUAAUUUGCAGCCUAGCAAUAAGCUGCUAAAAACAACUCAACUAAUGGCGAAUUAGGUGAAAAUACGAAUAAUACUCAGUCUACAGCUCAGAGCGAAUAAAUCGACACCUCAAAGAAGCAGCCAAAGACACUUGCUAAUAUACUUGAUGAUAUUCGAAUAAGCACACAAGGUGAAGAAACUAAAAAUUCAAAUGAUCUUCACCUAGACGGAGAUGAGGAGGAGAAAAAGUUAACACCAGAAGAGGAAGAUGCUGAGAAAUAGGGAUUUGAGUCAUAACUCGAUAAGCUUGACUCUUCACUAGCUGUCAGAGAGGAAAAUGAUAUCAGAAUCGCAGUGAUCGGUAAUGUCGAUUCAGGAAAAAGUACACUUGUUGGAGUGUUAACUAAAGGAAUCAUGGAUGAUGGAAGAGGUUCUGCUCGAAUGAAGGUUUUCAAUUUUGGUCAUGAAGCCUAGAACGGUAGAACAAGUAGUAUUGGAUAAGAGAUUAUGGGCUUUGAUGAUACGAAAAAGCAAGUAGAAGUUGAGAGAGCCAAUGCCACUAAGAAUCAGUCAUGGGCUCAUAUCGCUUCUAAUAGUAAGAAACUAAUCACAUUCUUAGACUUGUGUGGGCAUGAGAAAUACCUAAAGACUACUAUGUUUGGACUUGUCGGCUUAUUGCCAGACUAUAGUAUGAUUAUUGUUGGAGCAAAUAUGGGUGUAAGCAGAAUGACAAAGGAGCACUUGGGAAUAUCAUUAGCUCUUAAAGUUCCUAUUUUCAUUGUUAUUACUAAGGUUGACAUUGCUCCACAAAACGUCUAUGAGUAAACUAAGGAUACUUUGGUUAAAAUUUUGAAGUCACCUGGCUGUGGAAAGAUGCCAGUUGUUGUCAAAGAGGAUGAUGAUGUGAGUGUCUUUGCCAACAGCUUGGCUAGCGAUAAAGUUACACCUAUCUUCACGAUCAGUAACGUAACUGGAUAGGGAUUGCCAAAACUUAAAGAAUUCAUGUCGCUCCUACAUUCAAGAAUACAAAUAAGUGGGCACUUCAGAAAGCCAACUGAUCCAGUAGAAUUCAUGAUUGAUGGAGUUUAUCAAGUGACUGGUGUUGGUUUGGUUGUAGCUGGUACUCUUAAAGCUGGUACUGUGUUGCCAAAUACAACUUUACUCUUAGGGCCUGACAAAACAGGAAAAUUCAAUCCAGUAGUAGUUAAGUCCAUUCAUCAUAAGAGGACGCCAGUUGAUAAUGCAGUAUCUGGUUAAGCUGUUUGUUUCAACAUCAAACCUUUAGAUAGCAAGAAGCUUUAGUUAAAGCGAACACAUUUCAGAAAGGGAAUGGUCCUCCUUGAUAAAAACUCAAAUCCCUCAUCUAUUUACGACUUUGAAGCAGAAGUUGUUAUAUUGCAUCACGCUACCACUAUCAAGACUAAUUACUAGGCAGUUAUACAUUGCGGUGUUAUUCGAUAAGCAGCUAAGGUUUGUGAUAUGAACAAGGAUUUGUUGAGGACGGGUGAUAAAGGACAUGUCAAGUUCAAGUUCAUGUACAGACCUGAAUAUUUGAAGCCAGGUACCACUAUCCUUUUCAGAGAGGGUAGGACGAAGGGAUUAGGAGUUGUUACCUAGGUCACUCCACCCACCACUGAUGUCAAGCCUCACAGUCACGGAGGCAAGCACCACAAGUAAUUCAAAGAUUAAUAACAGCAGUAAUGA